AUGUCUAAUUCUCAUCACGCACAAGGCAACGGGGCCAAGCACGGCGACCACGAUGAUGACCACAGCCUCAAGGAAAAGAUCAAGCACCCCUUCCACGAGCUCAAGGAGAAGCUCGAGGGCACCCAUCUCCACAACCUCAAGUUUAACCCCCAGCAUCGCCAUGACGAGGAACAUGAGAAGGCCUGUGAUGAGAAGCGCACAAACAUCUGCGAGUCUCACCGCUUCAAGUCCUAUUUCCCCGAGCGGGACGGCAACCUGAUCAAAUGGUACGUGGACGGCCGUGACUACUUCUGGGCUGUGUCCGAGGCCCUGGACAGGGCCAAGGAGGUCAUCUACAUCGAGGAUUGGUGGCUCUCCCCAGAGCUUUUCAUGCGCAGGCCCCCCUACUACAACCAGGAGUUCCGGCUGGACCAGAUCCUCAAGCGCCGCGCUGAGGCUGGUGUCCAGAUCUAUGUCGUGGUUUAUCGAGAGGUCGAGGCCGCCAUAACCUGCAACUCAGCUCACACCAAGCAUGCCCUCCAGGCCCUCUGUCCCGAGGGCUCUCCCGGCUACGGCAACAUCAGGAUCAUGCGACACCCGGACCACAACGUCUUCGAGAACGCCGCCGACAUGACCUUUUACUGGGCACAUCACGAGAAAUUCAUUGUCAUUGACUACGAGAUGGCUUUUAUCGGCGGUCUCGAUCUCUGCUUUGGCCGCUGGGACAACCACCAGCACCAGCUGUCCGACCUGCACCCCGAAGGCAUCCAGAACGAGAUGUGGCCCGGGCAGGAUUUCAACAACAACCGCGUCAUGGACUUCAAGAACGUCGAUGACUGGAAGCAGAACGAGGUCAGCAAGGCAGAAUAUGGCCGGAUGCCGUGGCAUGACGUCGCCAUGGGCCUCAUCGGGCCCUGUGUCUACGACAUUGCAGAGCACUUCGUCCUGCGCUGGAACUUUGUGAAGCGCGACAAGUACAAGCGCGAUGACCGUUUUGACUGGCUUGAGCUGCGGGGCCGUCAGGGUGAGGACGAGGACCUCGUUGGCGUCCAGCGGCCCAAGCAUCCUGUCGGCGACUACGUUGUCCACCCACCCACACCAAUGGAGUCCAAAAAUCUAGAGAACCGAGGCUCGAUCCACGCUCAGAUCGUUCGGUCCAGCGCUGAUUGGUCAAGCGGCAUCCUGACGGACCACUCCAUCCAGAACGCAUAUUCUGAGAUCAUACGUCAGGCAGAGCAUUAUGUCUAUAUUGAGAACCAGUUCUUCAUCACCGCCACUGGUGACCAGCAAGCCCCGAUCCACAAUACCGUCGGCCGAGCUAUUGUGGAUGCUGUGGUCCGUGCUGGGAAGGAAAACCGCAAGUUCCGUGUCAUCAUCAUGAUCCCUGCCAUCCCGGGGUUUGCAGGCGAUCUCCGGGACGACGCUGCUAUCGGCACUCGAGCUAUCAUGGACUAUCAGUACAAAUCCAUUUGCCGCGGUGAGCACUCCAUAUUCGAGCAGGUCCGUAAGGAGGGUGUGGAUCCCACGCAGCACAUCUUCAUCUUCAACCUCCGCAGCUACGACCGCCUCAACGUGACUCCCGCGGUGAAGAAGCAGGAGGCCGAGUCAGGCGUCAAGUAUCAAGAUGUCCAGCGUGCCGAGGCAGAAGAGAUCAUGGGAUCCGGCAUUCACGGCACGACAGAUGUGCAUGGGGAGAAAGAUACCCACAUGGGUCAGAAGAGUAAAUGGCAGGCCCUGAAGACCCACGACCAGGAAAGCACUCAGAGCAAGGAUGAGGCGCAAAAACCUGUAGAUCAAGAGCAUACAGAAGAUAUCAAGAGGCGGUUCGCAGAGGCCAUGCAGGAAGGCCAAGACGAGUCCAAAUCGUCUGCCAGUGUGGCUCAUUGUGCCAUGGCGAGCACGGGCAAGCUACUCGGCGAGAUCUGGGAAGGCGACGAGGAAGAUGAAGUCAACAACUGGAUCCAGGAAGAGCUAUACAUCCAUGCCAAGCUUCUCAUUGUAGAUGACCGCAUCGUGGUGUGUGGGUCGAGCAAUCUCAACGACCGCAGCCAGCUUGGAUACCAUGACAGCGAACUCAGUAUCGUCAUGGAGGACACGCACAGGAUUCCAUCCGUCAUGGACGGCAAAGAGUUCGAGGCUGGGUACCAUGCCGCAACUCUGCGGAGGUAUCUUUGGCGGGAGCACCUGGGGCUUUUGCCGCCGCAGGUGAAUGACGCAACCGACGAUCUGAACGCACGGCCACCGGGAGAGACCACGAUGAACGACAUCUGGGACCAGGGCGAAGCAGCGGAGAGCUACAAGUUCGUCGAGGAUCCGUUGAGUGACAAGUUGUGGGAGACAUGGACGGAACGGGCCACUGUGAACACAAAAGUAUUCCAGCAGCUGUUUCAUGCUGAUCCUGAUGACCACGGUGUCAAGGCAGGCCACAUCUUCGACCGUAUGCAGGACCCCAUCGAGAUACGUAAGAAGUUGGACAAAGUGAAGGGUCAUCUGGUAUGGAUGCCGCUCGAGUUUUUGAGGGAUGCCAACAUGGCAGAGACCGGGCUGCAGGUCAAUCAAAUCACGGAAAGUGUUUAUACCUAG